AGCCCGCCUUGCCGCCACGUGACCCCCCGCGCCCGCCCCCUCCUCUCCCGCCCGGCUCCAUAUUGGCGCUGCGCUGGCCGAGCCCGGGCACAAAAUGGAGGUUUCCUAGAUCUAAAAGAAAGGCCGAGUUAGAGUACCCUUCCAAAAUGGCUGCUAUUAAGGAAGAGAGAGAAGUGGAAGACUACAAGAGGAAAGGAAGACGAUCCUCACAGCAGAAAUACCGUAGACUGAAUAAGGGCCAUGAGCCAAAGGAGCCAGAGCAGUUACGAAAGCUGUUCAUUGGAGGUCUGAGCUUUGAAACAACAGAUGAUAGCUUGAGAGAGCACUUCGAGAAAUGGGGCACGCUCACGGACUGUGUGGUGAUGAGAGACCCACAAACAAAACGUUCCAGAGGCUUUGGCUUUGUGACUUAUUCCUGUGUGGAGGAGGUGGAUGCUGCCAUGAGUGCUCGACCACAUAAGGUUGAUGGACGCGUGGUUGAACCAAAGAGAGCAGUUUCAAGGGAGGAUUCUGUAAAGCCUGGGGCACACCUCACAGUAAAGAAAAUAUUUGUUGGUGGAAUUAAAGAAGACACAGAAGAAUAUAAUUUAAGGGAGUACUUUGAAAAAUAUGGCAAGAUUGAAACCAUAGAAGUCAUGGAAGACAGGCAGAGUGGAAAGAAAAGAGGCUUUGCUUUUGUAACUUUUGAUGAUCAUGAUACAGUUGAUAAAAUUGUUGUUCAGAAAUACCAUACUAUAAAUGGACACAACUGUGAAGUGAAAAAAGCACUCUCAAAACAAGAGAUGCAGACUGCUAGCUCUCAGAGAGUGAAAUAUUUUGUAGGUCGUGGGGGUGGCUCAGGCAACUUCAUGGGCCGUGGAAACUUUGGAGGCGGUGGAGGGAAUUUUGGCCGAGGAGGAAACUUUGGCGGGAGAGGAGGCUAUGGGGGUGGUGGUGGCGGUGGUGGGAGCAGAGGAAGCUUUGGGGGUGGUGACGGAUACAAUGGAUUUGGUGAUGGUGGCAGCUAUGGAGGCGGUCCUGGCUAUGGCAGCAGAGGAGGUUAUGGUGGUGGUGGAGGACCAGGAUAUGGAAACCCAGGUGGUGGAUAUGGAGGUGGGGGAGGAGGAUAUGAUGGCUACAAUGAAGGAGGAAAUUUUGGUGGUGGUAAUUAUGGUGGAAGUGGAAACUACAAUGAUUUUGGCAAUUACAGUGGACAACAGCAGUCUAACUAUGGUCCCAUGAAAGGUGGUGGCAGCUUUGGUGGCAGAAGUUCAGGCAGUCCCUAUGGUGGUGGUUAUGGAUCUGGAAGUGGAAGUGGGGGCUAUGGUGGUAGAAGAUUCUAAAAAUGCUACCAGAAAAAGGGUUGAAUGAGAAGCUGCUGCUUGACAAAAUGGGGAAUGUCUUGCACAUCCUCUUCAAAUGAAGGUUUCUGACUGGGUAAGAUUUGUAGUGUAUAGUAAAAUGUGUUUAACCCUUAUUUCCUUCUAGGCUUUCCUUUGACAGCCUUUUAGUAUCAAGGGAGGCCAUAAGUACUAAGCAGCAAAUAUUCCAGCGUACGUCAUCCAGUGUUUCCUGUUCUGGAUGAAGGCUGCUUGCUGGCAUAAUUGCUAUUAAAGAAUCUUCUGUUCCUGGCAGAUACAAAAUUGCUUUGUGUCUGAGAUCAACAAAACAAAUUGAUGUUUUGAAAUAAUGUGUUUUGGUUACUGGGGAGUGUGCUGGGGUGGGGGGAAAUUGUUCUGUACCUUGUCACAGAAAGAGGUGCCCCAGAGAAGCCCAGAAAAGCAGUGACCCUGAAGUGGUUCUUCAGUUCUCAGCAGUGUGUGACACGCUGCUGCUGCACCCAUUCUGGGAGGGAGCUUGGCAUUGGUGCAAGCUGGGAUUUCCCUCCUACAUAGUGGACCUUGGCUUAGCAGGUGAUGUUGUAUUUACCUCCACAAAUCAAAGAGCUCCCUUUGAGAUUCUGGGUGCUUUUAGGCAGGAUAGUAGAGACCAAUACUGUCAUGAUACCGAGCUGAAACUACAGUGGCAUUUGUACAGGUGAAUGGCAAUAAAAACUUCUUGUGGAAUCUUGAUUUUACACAGAUUGGAACAUGUAUUAACUCUUGGAACAUGUAUUAUUUCCAUUUCUGCAUCCUUGGUUGUUAGAGGUCUUUUUAUAAAGUACUUCAGCAUCUAUUUAAACUUCCCAAUACAUUUCUGAGCAUGUGCAUUCUUAGGAAGUCAAUUUCUAUUUUAGUGUUGGUUUACUUCAGUAGCUCUGAAAGUAGUCAAAUGGAACCUGCCUAGUCAGAGGCAGUUGCAUGUUCACAAACUGAUUCAAGUAUUUAAACUUUUUACCUGCUGCCUGUAGGCUUCCACAAAGUAAUUCCUGACUUUUUAAUAUACAAUUAAAUGUAAUUUGGAAGUAAUACAGAGAGAUUUUCAUAAAAUCAGAAGCUAUUUAAUUGAAAUUCUCAUGAUGACUGCAUAUAUUUUUUAAAAAACGACACAAAUUUGUGUCAGUCAUAAUCUGAAGCUGCAGCAGUACAGUCACAGUUGCCUCAGUAUGGUAAUGUGCCAGAUAGCUUGUUGCUGAGGUGACAAGCUUGCUUUCUUAGACCUAAAAGUGGGAGGAAACCUGUGCUUUUGCUGUGCGUGGCAAAACUCCCACAGGCACGUGUGCAGCAACAGGUUAUGGGGAACAGCAUUGCCCCUCAGGUGAGGGCAAAUGCUCAUGUACUUGAGUGGUCUUUGGAUUUUUUCAACAGUAAAAUUUUGAAAAUGUUUUGAAAUGGGUUUUUAACAAAAACUUUGUAGUUUACAUUCUGGUACUAGGCCUGUGUAUAGAGCAGAGCUCUACUUUUCCACAUUGCUGCAGACUUGUUCCAUGCUCUGGACAGGUCUUUUUGCACCGCAUACAGAAACAGAUAAUCACUGUUAGAAUUAUUUUCACACUUUGAUUUAUAACACUCUUGUUAGACUAAUUUGCUGAAUUCAAAAUUCAGUUAUUUAUAGCCAAAUUUGUUCAGAAAUAACUUUGACCAAAAUAAACACAUUCUUAGGGGAAUACUUGGUCAAGUGUAUGUAUCUCUGUCCAAGAGGCACUUCUAAGAGUUAAGAACGUUGUUUCAGGGUCAUGCUUUUGUUUACUGGCUUCUAUUGAAAAUAGCAGCUGUAAAUGGAGAUGGGGAUAUGAAGAUGCAAGUGUAACGAAGCAUUGGUCCCUAAGCUGCAGUUGUACAGAGAUUUACUUGAUAACAAAAAUGGUACUUCCAGGUAGUGAAGGGGGUUUCCCCAAAAGCAGCCCAGAUUGAUGGAGAAUUGGUAACUCUUAUUACAGAAAACUGAAAUUAAACAUGGCAUUUUAACUUUGAUAUCCUUUCAAUACUUAAGGUUCCUAGUCUUUUCAAGCAUUGACUGUGUGAUGUACUGACAUGCUGUCUUUGGUUCCUGUGUUUAAGCCAUUAACAUGUUUUCAUGUACUGUCUACACUGAGGUGGAAUAUUCACAAAUGAGUCUGUGGUCUCUGACAAGUGUGUGUAUCUUAAAUUUGUGUGGAGCAUGUGAGAUCUUGAGUGUCACUGAAAUUCAGGUAUCUGAUAGAUGAUUCUUUUUCUGCUGUGGGUGCUACAGGUUGACAUCUCUCUCUAUUAGCUUUUUCCUGAACUAAAGUAUCCAAGUAUCUCCAUAGAAGAAAAAAUGGCCUUCAUGUAGAAGAUAAUAUCGCAAGAUUGGAAACAGAAUAAAAUGGUGUAAUAACUGACAAAGACUUCAAGAGCAAUGGUGCUAGUGUGCUGACAUCUUAGAACUUGUGGUUAAACAAGUUAAAAUAGCAUGGAAAUUUAAAAUUUCAGUAUAGUCCAUAAUGGAUUGAAAUUUGUUAAAAUAUUUCAAUUUUGUAUCAGAAUAAAGUGUAUAUUAUCAAAUGA